AUGGCGCAGAAACAAAAGCAUCAAUUUAGAAACCCUCAGUUUCAGCAUACUUCACCCCUGAUGUCGGCGGCAGAGAUAGACAACAUAAGAAACAACAUCAAAGACACAUCACUACCUACACAAACUGCAAUUCCGGCAGGCACAAGCAAGAUGGCUGAAAAAUCCGUGGCCCCUAAAAACUCAGGCAUUAUCCAACUAAAUACCUUGGAAGCAUUGGGCAUUAAACCUAUAGAUUUUGUCUUUAAGAAACACGCACCCGGGGACCGUUGUCCCACCAACGCUGAAAGUGAUUUCUACUCCAUUAGGCGUAUAGAGUCCUGCAUUCUCAAGAGCACAAAGGCCCUCAGCGUACUCGACGAAGCUAACAAAUCAAAGGUAGUCCUUAAGGGCUUCUGCCCGCAGAUCUCGAACCUCUGCAGCAACCCUGAUACCACAAACAUCGGCACAAUCUGGGAGGCCAUCCUCGACCACUGCGGGCGUAACCUCCAAUCUGCUGCAACUGACCACCACACCAACGCACUAAUAAAGCUGAAAACAGAACAAUCUCUACAUGAAUCAUCAAUUAUCCAGAUCAUCGAUGACAAGCCCUUCAGCGACGCCCUCAUCCUGAGAGCCAAGUCUCAAGCGGCUGAUUGAGAAAAAUGCUCUU